AUGAGUACGAUGAAGCCAAGCCGGAGCGACGAGAUUACCGAUCCGGAUCAGCAGAUCAAGAACGCGAACCAGAUCAGAGCUGAUUUCGAUUCCCUGGCCCCUAAACGGCCCACCAAACCCACCCGCAGCGAACCCGGACCUCCUGGAUCUUUCUCCACUUCCGACCAAACCACCGACCAUCCGGAGGCUGACAAGUUCCAAUCUCUCCAGUCACAACCUCAUGGUAAUAUUCUGGGAGAGGGAGAUUCAUCUGCAGUUCAAGAUGACUUCUUGGAGACAGAGUAUUACACGAAUCUCUCCGCCACUGAUAAGCAACACCACACGACCGGAAGUGGGUUUAUAAAUGUGGCGAAGGAAGGCGACGGUGAAGAGGCAGUGAUCGCCGCCGCUGUAACCGAAGACGGAGGAGAAAAGGCGGUCUACAGAAGCAAUCCGGCGACGAAUGAAUGGAUUCCUGCGGCGGAGGAAGAUCAUGUUGACGAAUCUUCGUCUAAACCAAACCGGAGUGAGAGUUCUUGA